GCGGUCGAGGUCGUUCGCUUGGUAGCCACACCGCAUUCUGGUCGUGAAACGAAAUUUCAAAACCGAAAAACCCGCAUUCCGAACUCGCUUGGAGUUAUGUUCUUUUGAAACGAGCUGACCGUUGCUCGGUUUGCUGUUGGCGCUCGCAAAGCAAAUAGUUCCCGCGUUGGUUUGAAAGCCAAACACUCUUGGAAUAUUGUGUGAUGAGCAGCUGUCUCUGCUUUUGAUUCACAAACAAACAGUUUCGGGACAAGUGUUACACGCCGCGGAGCAAUUGCAGUCGACUGGCACUCGCAAACAGGGGUAGAGUUCCCUCCCUGGCUGACUCGCGUCACUUUUUUCACAGAAGAGUAGUGACAGAUAAUCCUGCUGUUGCUUCCCCAGCAGCUUCCGGCGCCAACUGGCGAAAGUCAUGCAGAAGCUGACGGGCAACCGCCCCAGCGAGCUCAGUGGUCACGACCAAACACAAUGUGCAAAAUAAAACAAGAGCCCGUGGCAACACCAGCAGCAACAUCAUCGACAUAAGCGCAGAGGACCAGGCAGAACCUGCAGCUCUCGGCUUUCGACGGACGCACGGCGGCAGACCCACGGAAACGGAAGUGGCCAAAGCGAGGCCAUAAAACGCCACGCAUAGAAACAGCAUUGAGACAUCAGGCCCAGGAGCAGUUCCCUCCCCCUCCCUCCCAACAUGUAUGCCUCCCUGAUGGACGUGGGCCAGACGUUGGCAGCCAGGCUGGCGGAUGGCGAAGGCAACGGGGCCAACGACAGCGGACUCCUGGCAACGGGACAAGGGCUGGAGCAGGAGCAGGAGGGUCUGGCGCUGGAUAUGGGCCACAACGCCAGCGCCGACGGCGGAAUAGUACCGUAUGUGCCCGUGCUGGACCGCCCGGAGACGUACAUUGUCACCGUGCUGUACACGCUCAUCUUCAUUGUGGGAGUUUUGGGCAACGGCACGCUGGUCAUCAUCUUCUUUCGCCACCGCUCCAUGCGCAACAUACCCAACACAUACAUUCUCUCACUGGCCCUGGCUGAUCUGUUGGUUAUAUUGGUGUGUGUACCUGUGGCCACGAUUGUCUACACGCAGGAGAGCUGGCCCUUUGAGCGGAACAUGUGCCGCAUCAGCGAGUUCUUCAAGGACAUAUCCAUCGGGGUGUCCGUGUUUACACUGACCGCCCUUUCCGGCGAGCGGUACUGCGCCAUUGUAAACCCGCUACGCAAGCUCCAGACCAAGCCGCUCACUGUCUUUACUGCGGUGAUGAUCUGGAUCCUGGCCAUCUUGCUGGGCAUGCCUUCGGUUCUUUUCUCCGACAUCAAGUCCUACCCUGUGUUCACAGCCACCGGUAACAUGACCAUUGAAGUGUGCUCCCCAUUUCGCGACCCGGAGUAUGCAAAGUUCAUGGUGGCGGGCAAGGCACUGGUGUAUUACCUGUUGCCGCUGUCCAUCAUCGGCGCGCUCUACAUCAUGAUGGCCAAGCGGCUCCAUAUGAGCGCCCGCAACAUGCCCGGCGAGCAGCAGAGCAUGCAGAGCCGCACCCAGGCUAGAGCCCGGCUCCAUGUGGCGCGCAUGGUGGUAGCAUUCGUGGUGGUGUUCUUCAUCUGCUUCUUCCCGUACCACGUGUUCGAGCUGUGGUACCACUUCUACCCAACGGCUGAGGAGGACUUCGAUGAGUUCUGGAACGUGCUGCGCAUCGUUGGAUUCUGCACGAGCUUCCUGAACUCGUGCGUCAACCCCGUGGCCCUCUACUGUGUGUCCGGGGUGUUUCGGCAGCACUUUAAUCGCUACCUCUGCUGCAUCUGCGUCAAGCGGCAGCCGCACCUGCGGCAGCACUCAACGGCCACUGGAAUGAUGGACAAUACCAGUGUGAUGUCCAUGCGCCGCUCCACGUACGUGGGUGGAACCGCUGGCAAUCUGCGGGCCUCGCUGCACCGGAACAGCAAUCACGGAGUCGGUGGAGCUGGAGGUGGAGUAGGAGGGGGGUCUGGUCGGGUGGGCAGCUUUCAUCGGCAGGACUCGAUGCCCCUGCAGCACGGAAAUGCCCACGGAGCUGGUGCGGGCGGGGGAUCCUCCGGACUUGGAGCCGGCGGGAGGACGGCGCCCGUGAGCGAAAAGAGCUUUAUAAAUCGUUACGAAAGUGGCGUAAUGCGCUACUAACUAAAUGGCGGUACCGAAACACCAGGAAACGUUAACCCAUAACCCAUCGUACAAAGCCUACGGAUGAG